AUGGACGGUUUCCAGAGGCGGUUUAAUGAAACGGAGAUGGACCAUGGCAUCACUCCCGCCGCCCUCAAGGAUUUAAGUUCACGCGUGAGUGUCAUCCUAUUCUACGUUUCCAUCGUAUGUGCCGUUGCGGUCAUUGUUGGCUACGCGUUUAUACGCCACGUCAACAAAGACCUCGAUCGUAUCUCGCUUCGUCUGCUCCUCUAUGCUUCCGUCGUUCAUAUCCUUCUCGCUGUUGCCACUAUAUUGCGGUCGCAUUUGACCUUAUCCGAUCCGGCAUGCCAGUUUCUCAUGUUUCUCUACGUCUUCUCCGAUAUCGGAAGUACCCUGCUGAUCACUUGUAUCGCCGUCAAUCUCCAGAUCGUAUUCGUUCACUCCAUUCGCAGCUGCCGUCAUUUGGAGUUCGUUUAUCUCACUGUCAGUGCCCUCAUAUCGUUCAUCGCCGCCGUAGCACCUCUGAUAUCCCCUACACCUGUUUACGGCUACGAUCCAAACGUGCGAGAAUGCUGGUUCUUGGGCGACCAACAUCAUAUCACUUCGUUGUGGGUCUUGUUUGAUUUGUACUUGUGGAUCCUGCUUUCCAUUGUCUACUGCUUCAUUGCGCUCUUACUUGUCCUCAUAAAGAUGCGGCGAGAAGAAAACCUAAUCAACCAGCACUUGGAUCGUAUUCGACCCCGCAAACCACGGUUUUUCAAUCUCUUUUUUCGUCCUACCAUGGAUAUCUCUACUGACCUCAAUGCUACCGAAAAUGACGACCCAGCCAGCCCAGACAGUCCACGCCGGCGCUCUCAAUCAACCGAUAGUCGAAAUGCUUUUCGCCCGUCCUUUCUUGCCAAAACCAUCUACCGAGUCAUAUGGUACCCCCUCGCUCUGGUGAUCACUCGUAUUUGGGGUGUCAUUGAUUUCAUUUAUUCUUACCAGAACCAAAAAGUAUGCGCCUUUUAUGCAUUGAUGACAUUCAUCACGGUGCCUGCUCAGGGAAUCUUUUUGAUGCUCUUCUUUCUGGCCGAUCCAGCAUUACAGAAAGCCAUGCAAAUGCAUUGGGACAAGCGAAAUCAUGGUGACCAUCUUUAUUGUGUUCGCCCCAGCAAAGGGCCCCCCGGUCGUUCCAUCCGCCCUACCUUGUUGGAUGUUCGACUGGCAUCGGAAAUCACAGGAAUCUCGGUUCCAUCCUCCGUGAUUCAUGCACCGUCCGCACCACCUAGUGUCACCAUAGAACAAGGCAUAUCCGGUGCACCCGUCACGCCCACCACCCGCACCGCUUCCUCUUCGCUUCAACCGCCCAGCCGGUGCCAUUCCCUCAAAAUCAAACGGUCUACAAUGCAAUUGUAA